AUGAAUCCUGAAGAUGUUAAGAUCGAAGCUUGCGGCUUAUGUGGAUCAGAUAUUCACACUUUGAAAGGUGAUUGGGGACCAUUUGCCAAAAAGGACUUGGUUUUUGGUCUUGAGAUUGUUGGAAAAUUUGUUCAAGUUGGCAAUAAUGUGAAUAAUGAAAAGGUAGGCCAAAUUGCAGGUAUUGGUUCCCAAUCAAAUUCGUGUCUUCGAUGA